AUGUGUGUGUGUGUGUGUGUGUAUAUAUAUGUAUACACAAUAACCUGUGUUAGGCUAACUGAGGCUUGUCAUUGCACUUGCAUUUUAUUGUUGUUUGUUGGUUUUGGUUGCUUCUAUUGUCGUCAUUUGUAUAUCGCUUUGGAUAAAAGCAUCUGCUAAAUGACUAAAUAUAAAAUGUACUAAAUGUGUUUGUAAAACUGCAUUAAAAUUAUAAAAAUUGUGUAUAGCAAUUGUCUACUUUCCGCUGUUACAUCAGUGUUCAAUUUGAUGUCUUUUUAUUUAUUUUAUGAGUUACUGACAAAGGAACUGUUUUUGCUUUUAUUUCAGAGUUGACUGAAGAAAAUGAGGACAAUGAAGAAUCGAGUGAAUUUGAGGGAAAAAAUCACUUCAAAACUGGAGGAAAACAUUUGAGUUUCUGUCAAAGCAAACAGAUAAUUUUAAGGAAAACAAGAACCAAGAAAUCUUUCACCUGCACUCAGUGUGGAAAGAGUUUGACAUGCAAAUAUAGUCUUGAUGUUCACAUGAGAGUUCAUACUGGAGAGAAACCUUACAAGUGUUCACACUGCGACAAGAGAUUCAGUCACUCAGGAGACCUGAGAACACAUGAGAGGAUCCACACUGGAGAGAAACCGUACAUGUGUGAUCAGUGCGGGAAGAGUUUCACACAAAAAGGACACUUUAAAGACCAUAUGAGUGUUCAUACACGAGAUAAACCGUUCACUUGUGAUCAGUGCGGGAAGAGUUUCACACUAUCAUCACGUCUUAAAGUACACAUGAACAUCCACACUAGAGAGAAACUGUACACAUGUGAUCAAUGCGGGAAAAUAUAUUUGAGAGCUUCAAACCUGACGAAUCACCUGAGAGUUCAUACAAAGGAGAAGCCACAUUCAUGUUAUUUGUGUGGAAAGAGUUUUUCACAUCUACGAUGUUUGAAAGUACAUCAGAAAAUACACACUGGUGUGAGAGAGUACAUGUGCUUUGAGUGUGAAAAGACUUUUACUACAGCGAGCAAUUUAAAACAGCAUGAGAGGAUUCACUCUGGAGUUAAACCUUAUAAGUGUUCACACUGUGACGAGAGAUUCAGUCAGUCAGGAGACCUGAAAAUACAUGAGAGGAUCCACACUGGAGAGAAACCUUAUAAGUGUUCACACUGUGACAAGAGAUUCAGUCAGUCAGCAAAUCUGAAAACACAUAAGAGGAUUCACACUGGAGAGAAACCUUACACAUGUGAUCAGUGCGGGAAGAGUUUCAGAACAAGAGGAAAUCUCACGGACCAUAUGAGAGUUCAUACUGGAGAGAAACCGUUCACUUGUGAUCAGUGCGGGAAGAGUUUUUCACACUCAGCACAUUUUAAGGAUCACAUGAACAUCCACACUAGAGAGAAACUGUACACAUGUGAUCAAUGCGGGAAAAUAUAUUUGAGAGCUUCAUACCUGAAGAAUCACCUGAGAGUUCAUACAAAGGAGAAGCCACAUUCAUGUUAUUUGUGUGGAAAGAGUUUUUCACUUCUACGAUGUUUGAAAGAACAUCAGAAAAUACACACUGCUGUGAGAGAGUACGUGUGCUUUGAGUGUGAGAAGACUUUUACUACAGCGAGCAAUUUAAAACAGCAUGAGAUGAUUCACUCUGGAGUUAAACCUUACAAGUGUUCACACUGCGACAAGACAUUCAGUCAUCCAACAGAUCUAAGAAGACACAAGAGGAUCCACACUGGAGAGAAACCUUAUAAGUGUUCACACUGUGACAAGAGAUUCAGUCGGUCAUCACAUCUGAAAACACACGAGAGGAUCCACACUGGAGAGAAACCGUAUAAGUGUUCACACUGUGACAAGAGAUUCAGUCGGUUAGGAAACUUGAAAACACACGAGAGGAUUCACACUGGAGAGAAACCGUAUAAGUGUUCACACUGUGACAAGAGAUUCAGUCGGUUAGGAGACCUGAAACCGCAUGAGAGGAUUCACACUGGAGAGAAACCGUAUCACUGCACUGCAUGUGGGAAGCGUUUCAAUCAUUCAUCUGCUCUACACAAACAUACAAAAAACAAUCAUAGUAAGUAGAUAAUUUUCAGGUCUGAUGCUGCAUCCUCACCAAAUGUGACACAAUAUUGCAUCAAGCAAUAAAAUAUCAUCUGGAUAAAUCUGUUCUGACCAGCCAUUACAAUCGACAUGUCUAAAGUUGUCACAGUGAAUAAAGUUCAUCUUCAUCUUCAAAACCUGCAGAUUCAACUGAGAUUCAGAUCAACUCAAAGAUGGAGUUCCUCCCCAAAGAACAAUGUCAAAAAGUUGUAUUCUUGAAUAUCAUUUUGCUUCAUGAUAUAAAUGAUAUCAGUGUUCUUUCUUAUGAGUUUCAUAUUAUGUUCAAUUGUCUUAUAAUGCAGUGGUUCCCAACCUUUUUUUCAUGGGCCCCCCCACAUACACAUAUGGUAAUCUGGCCACAAUAAAAGGCCACUCUAAAAUGUGCAUUUUUAUCACACAGCACAAUGCCACAGAUGUUGCAAGUUUUGAGGGAGCAAAAAAAUUAAAAUUGUUGUUUUUAAAAUUACUAGUUAUUUGUCCACUUAUGAUGCAUCUAGGAAACGCAGAUGCAAGAUAUACUGUUAUGUAGCUUUGUAAUUGAUCCUUCUUUGCUUCUCUUUGUAUCUGGUAUUAAUCCGGCUAAAUUACGAAAGACCGUAGUAUUGUUCAGCUCUGAUAUGUUCAGUUCUGCUUUCAGUACUGGAGAAAUAAGAAAAGAAAAAAAAAAACUUACAAUUUAUUAUUGCUACACAAAAGUUAUUGAGCUAAUUAUAUCUUGUGAACAAUUUCUAUAUGCAAUAAAAUCAAGACAUUUGUCA